AUGGAUAAAAAUACGGGUGCCGCGGAAGGCUCCGGCACGUCCCAUCGACCCGGUGUAACCCGCAACGCGAUCCUCGACAGCAACCACUCACAGUCUGUCAAAGGAUAUUCGGGCGUCCGAGUCCGACCGACCCUCAGCGUACCAGGAGAGAUCAAGAAGCACCGGACCAUGAAGGAAAUAGGCCAAGCACUGAAGAAGAAGGUCUCAGGGCUCAAUAUUAACCAGCGGAAAGGCAACCAAGCAACUCCCACCACCGAGUCUCCCACGCAGGCACCGGUCCCUUCACUCAGUAUUGAGCAACCCGUCGGCGAUGCUCACUACCCACCACAACUUCCGCAGUUCCACGUCCAACAUACUUCCGAUGACCAACCCGUGGAGGAAGACAAGACAGAUCAAGAAGAUCAUCAUUCCCAGGAAGGGUUGGCCGAAGAGAGCGAUUCCGGUGAAGAGGAUGAACCAGAAGGACAAGACAGACCGCAGCUGAGCAACCUUGCACGCUACUUUUGGUCACGACUCGAUGUUGCUUACCAGUACUAUGUUGACGACCGAGACGAUGACUGCCAGAUGAACAUUCUUGCACCCUACUCCGAACGGGUUCUGGAGCUGAGAACCAAGGGCUACAACAUUAGAGGCGCAUUGAGAGAGUACCACGAACUUGCAAAUGAGAGCAGGUCAACGUCAGAUGAUGAGGAGAUGGAUGAUCUGGCCGAGUGA